AUGCGCCAUACAUUUUUAUUUAUAUUUCCGGCAAUUUGCCUUAGCGACAUAUUUACUGCGACGUCGAAUAUUGAGGAGUUAAUCGCGGCGAAUAGCGCGAACAAUUUUAGAAUUUCUGAAUAUAUAAAUCGCGAAACUGCACGUCUUAAUGAAUUGAAGAGACUUGCGAAAGAAUUUACUCGUCAACAUCAAGUAAUCAUAUCAGGAUCUGAUAAAGCAAAUCCUAUUAAAACAUAUUUGCUGAUCAGAAGUUUAACAUCGGACUGGAACUCUGUCGAGAGAUUAAUGAAAAAUAAUAGUGUUGAUUAUUUUCUUCGAAAAAAUAUCACAAAGCAAAAUUUUGAGAUAACUUAUCCGAAAGCAGAAGAUCUGGAAGGUGCCGCAUUAGCUCUCCACCGUUUACAAGACACUUACCUUCUCGAUACACAUCAGUUUGCCUCAGGCAUUAUAUUGGGUGAAUCAACCGGUUUUCGAUUAACGAGUCACGAUUGCUUUGAAAUCGGUAAAAUAGCAUAUAAUCGCGGGGACCAUUAUCAUGCUAUUUUGUGGAUGAAUGAAUCUCUAAAUUUGCUCGAAACUGGAAAUUCAUCGAGUGCGAGCACCGAAGACAUUCUUGAACACUUAUCAUUCUCCCUAUAUAAACAGGGAAAUAUUGAACGAGCCUUAUAUUUUGCGCAAGACCUACUGAAAAUUAAUCCAGAACAUCCUCGCAUAAAAGAAAAUAUUAGGUGGUAUCAGGAAUGGCUCGGUACUAAAUCCGUAAACCAGUUGACUUUUCCGCCAUUAAAAUUAAAACGAUUAGAAGAUGAUGUUCCCGAUAGAAGUGUAUACGAAGCGCUAUGCCGAGGAGAUUAUGAGGAUAAUUCAACUCGUCAAUCCAGGCUUUACUGUUAUUUAAAAAGGGAUCGGCCAUUCCUUCGAAUCGCUCCUAUAAAAGUUGAAAUCUUAAAUUUCGGCCCUCUGGUUGUAAUAUUUCGAAGUGUAAUUUCUGAUAGCGAAAUUAACGUUAUUCAACGACUUGCCGCACCACAAUUGAGGCGCGCAACCGUGCAAAAUGCGAAAACGGGCGCACUUGAAUAUGCGAAAUUCCGUAUCAGUAAAAGUGCAUGGCUUCAUGAAAAUAAUAACCCAUUAAUUAAAAAUAUAAACGAACGGAUUGAUUUUAUGACAAAUUUGGACCAAAAAACGUCCGAAGACUUGCAGAGGGAUGUCGCUAAUCCAUAUAAUCUAAAUAUGGGAAAUCGUAUUGCAACAGUAUUAUUCUAUGUAUGUGCUUAUAGUGUUUUGAUUUUUACUGUAGAAAAGGGUGGCAAGACAGUAUUUAUUACAGAAAAUUUAACUGUAUAUCCUUCAAGGAACGAUGCGUUAUUUUGGUACAAUUUGCGCAGAGAUGGUGAAGCCGAUUUGCGAACGCUUCACGCAGCAUGCCCUGUAUUAUUAGGGACAAAGUGGGUUUGCAACAAGUGGAUUCAUGAACGUGGUCAAGAAUUUCGGCGACCCUGCGGCUUAUAUCGCAAUUCUGAAGAAAAAUAUGUUGGUGAUCUUGAUUCAUGA